AUGAAAGAAUACACCGCUAGAAUCUGAGACAGUUAAAGCAUGGUUAAAAUUAGAAUGGCAACGGCGGGGGGCAACCAGACAACUAACCCGCGCGCGCGCGCAUGCACGAGCACGACCGCACGACGCGCCCCCGGCCUCCACCUCUCCUCCUCUGAAGGCGAACCGAAGCCAAGAAGCAGCCGCCGGUAAUGUGGUCGUCGUGGGUCCGCCGGAGCAAGACCUCCUUGCGACUCACUUCGUCGCCGUCCUUCUCAUCGCCCACGGUUUCGUCGCCGUCCUUCUCAUCGCCCACGGUUUCGUCGCCCACCGGCAAGGACCAUCCUGGCAUCGGCGCUGUCCUCGAUGACGAGGCGCUCGACGAUGAUAGCCCCUGCGCCGGCAGCAAGAGCGUCCUUCACCGUACGCGGUCGGCGACAAGGCUGCGGACGUGCAAGUCGUUCGCGGCGGCCGCGGAGGCCGCGGCGGCUUCCGUGGCGGGGGAGCGCCGCGUGGUGCUCUACUUCACCACCCUCCGCGCCGUGCGCGCCACGUUCGAGGACUGCCUCGCCGUGCGCACAAUCCUGCGGGGGCUCCGCGUCUCCGUAGACGAGCGGGACGUGUCCAUGGACGCCGCCUACCUCGCCGAGGUCCGCGCGCUGAUGCGGCGAGACCGCCCAUCCCUGCCGCAGCUCUUCGUGGGUGGCAGGCUCCUCGGGGACGCCGAUGUGGUGCGCCUCCUGCACGAGAGCGGGGAGCUGCGGCGCGUCCUGGCCGGCGCGGCGCAGGCGGAGCCCACGCCGUGCGCGUGGUGCGGAGGCUCGCGGUUUGUCCCGUGCGGCACUUGUUGCGGCAGCCACCGCCGGUUCAGCGAGAAGACCGGCGGUUUCCGCGUCUGCGCGUCCUGCAACGAGAAUGGGCUUGUCCGCUGUGCCGCCUGCUCCUCCUGCAGCUAACGUGCACAGAUGAGACCCCUAUCCCAGAGUCGAUCGUCCAAUUGGUUUUUGAAGACAAAAUGCUGACGAAUUCCUAGAUCAUUCGUGCCUCGCUGGAUUCAAAUCUAAUUAAAGAUCUCGGUUCAUCAAACCGGAACGUGUACGAAUUUGGCAUUGUUCGAUCAGAGUAAUUGUGUGUUCCUGAGCGUAGCCAAUGUUCAAGGUUAGAAACAUUGAGGAAUAAGUCCACUUUUUCACUGAUCCCUCCAGAGUUUUUGUUGUUCGUUUCUACGUUCACGAUGUCUUUUAUCAAAGGA